AUGGCAAACAAUUCAGGCAUAACACCAUCAGCAACUAUGGCAUUUAUGAGCAAGCAGGCUGGAGGUCGAGAGAAUUUGGGAUACCAACCUGUUGAUUACAAAAAUUACUUGCGAAAAAAGCGAAUGAAAGCGAUGGAAAGGGGAGAUGCAGGAGCUGUAGAUGAAGAUGAUCAAAUCACCAAUAUUUUUUGGGCAGAUGCAAAGCCGAUAAUGGAUUAUAGCUAUUUUGGGGAUGUGAUCUGCUUUGAUAUUACAUACAGGAUAAACAGCUAUGGUCAUCCAUUUGCCCCAUUUAUUGGGGCAAUGUCUGGAAAGCAACCAAGGACAAUCUUAACAGAUCAAUGUGCUGCAAUGGGCAAUGCAAUAGCUGAUGUGAUGCUGGAAACAUACCAUCGUCUAUGUAUCUGGCAUAUAUACCAAAAUGCCGCAAAGCACCUUAGUAAUGUAUUUCAUGGUUCAAAAAGUUUUGAAUAUGAUUUCAGUAGAUGUGUGUAUGAUUAUGAAGAAGAGGAAGAGUUUCUAAUUGCAUGGAAUAAUAUGCUUGAGAAAUAUGAUUUGAUGCAAAAUAAAUGGUUACAAGCGUUGUUUAAAGAAAGAAACAAAUGGGCUUUGGUGUAUGGCAAAAAUACAUUCUGCGCUGAUAUGAAGAGCACACAACAGAGUGAAAGCAUGAAUAAUGUUUUGAAGAAAUAUUUAAGUUCCAAAUACAAUCUUUUGUGUCUCUUCACACAUUAUGAACGAGUAGUGGUUGAUCGACGAUAUCGAGAAUUGGAAGCUGAUUUCAAAAUGAGGCAAAGUACCCCAAUAUUGUAUGUUGAUGUGGAGAUGUUGAUGGAAGCGGCAAAAGCAUACACUCCGGAAGUAUUUAAAAUGUUCCAAAAUGAGUACAAAAAGUUUCUUAGUCAUACAAUUCAUAAAAGUGGUGAAUUUGAUACAGUGUUAGAGUUUCAAGUUGUUUGUAAUGACAAAGUUGGAGGCCGUCUUGUCAAAUUUGACACAUCAAACAAUACCGUCACAUGUAGUUGUAAGAAAUUUGAGUUUGUCGGGAUACUAUGUAGCCAUGCACUAAAAGUUCUGGAUUAUUAUAAUAUAAAGGUGCUUCCUUCCAAUUAUAUUUUGAAAAAAUGGCAAAGAGAUGCAAAAGUUGGUGCUGUGAAGGACCAUCUUGGGUUUACCAUACAAGGUGAUCCUAAGAUUUCUUUAGGGAAGCGUUAUAGCUAUUUGUGUCGCAAGUUUGUUAAAAUCGCUUCAAUGGCUGAGGAAUAUAAAGAUGCAUUUGAUUUUGCUGAUAGAUAUUCAGACAAAUUUCAUGAUGAAUUGACAGAGUGUAUAAAAGGGAUCAAGAAACUUCCAUUGAUGACAUAUCAAACUAAUGAUGAAAAUGUAGAUGCUGAAAUUAUACUGAAAGUGUUCAUCAUCAACCGACUGACAAUAAAGUUACUUUCGUUGAUAGUCUCCGCUCGCAAAUUGUAA